AUGGACUCCCUUCUUGCCAACAUCCAGGUGGAGCGGGUGCGCUGGCACACUCGAGCUAGGAUUGGGUGUGUGGAACGAACAAUUCUGAUGCAGGCACGCUUCCACCUACCAGCAGAAUGCGAGGAGGUCGCUGAGUUCGUCGCCACUGGGCAUGUGAAGUCUCGUGAGCCAGUCCGAGAGGAGGCACCUCGCCUUCCCGAGCUCGAGUGGGUCUGGGCACUUGGUGGCGCAGAUUUGGUCAGUUUGCACGGAAGAGGAGAGGAAGAGGAGAGGGAAGAGGAGCGAAGAGGAAAUGAAGAGGUUGCGGACUUCUCGCACAUGCCGCCUGCUGCUGGUCAGGAUAUGGAAGUGGAGGCCGUUUGUUGCAGAACGCGAGCAUAUGAGGCUGUUACCGACAAGGUGGUCGCCGAAACCACGCAGCUUGACAGCACCUUUGGAGUUCCUGUUAGCGCGGUGGCAGAUGAGAGGAGAGGAGAGGCUGUUUGCACGGAUUCCACUGCGCCCAUACGAACAGCCACCAUCACAGCUGCCUUGGAAAUCGCAUUUCCACGUCUGCUCCGCGCCUCGCAAUGUGCCGGCAUGGCGUUCUUCAACCACCCUACGGGCGCCCACGUGCCGCAGACUGGGGAGUUGGACUGCGAGGGGCCCAUUGCCAGGUCUCAGACGAGGCGCCCGCGGCUCAAAGACAAAGCGGCCCCGCUUCCGCCGGCGCUCGGCGGCGCGGGGAGCUGCAUCCACCUGAACGCUGCUUUAUGCCAGCAUGACGACUUCAGCCUCUUUGAAGCUGUUGAGAAAGACAUCGAGGCCGCCAGCUACCAGCGCCCAGGGGAUGCGCUAGGCUUCCACAGGAGCCGAAAGCAUCUUCAGAUUUGGGGUGAUGCCUUGUCUGGAUCACAAGCCUUUGCUUCCGUGAUCACACGUGCUCUAGCGAUGUUCGACCUCACACUGGUGGACUGCUGGGCAAAUCUCUACCGAUCCGAAGAUGACUUCAAGUCCUGGCAUCACGACAACUAUCAGGACUGGACCCCGAGGCCGACAGCCACUAUCGGUCUGAGUCUGGGCCAGGCACGCGCCCUGGCAUUCCAGGAUGCGCGUACGAAAGGAGAGCAUCAUGUCCUUCAGCAAAACGGCGACAUAUUCGCUUUCGAUGAGCCUUUCAACAACUUCUUCAAGCACUCGGUGCCUGCGGCAAAGUCACCCGCUGGUGCCGUGUGUGGCAAGCGCAUCUCCAUCAUCCUCUUCGUGAACGAGCAAGAGCACGUGCCACGAACUCUUCGAGUGAAGAUGCCAGGCAUGCGCGACAGCAUUCCGCUCAGUGUGUGCUGGGACGCCUGGGAUACUUGUGGCUGCGGCAGCCUCUGUCGAAGGGCCCGAAGGCUGAGCGAGGAGAUCGAGAUUGAUGAGCCGAGCUUGAAACAGCUCCUGCCAUUGUUUGACCAGCUGGCCAAGGCCCAGACAUUCUACCAUGUCAAGAAGCCUGUCUGCCAGUCGGCCAACAUGGCUGAUGAUAUCCGGAUGACGCGGGGCCCUCCACUCGGCGACACUGGCCCUGGUGAGCCGGAUCAUCGGACUGAUGGCGAAGGGCUGAAGCCUUGCCAGCCAGCGAGAUCGUUCUACACCAUGCCGCGAAGAAGUGAAGGGCACAGCACGGGCAAAGCUGCCGACCCUGGCAUGUUCACCACCUUCAUACCAUCAACCCACGAGCCCGCGAACACCCAUCACUUCACUGCUUACCGCGCACCAGCAGUUCCAAUGGCUCCAACAUCCCCCACCCCGGCCCCUACCACCGCCGCCCGCCUCAGUGAAGCAACAUCACCUUCGAACUUUCCGGCGCCACGUGCGCGGGAGGAUCCAGAGCUCCUGGCAGCCCGGCAGGCCCUGACGCUACAGGGCGCGCAGCAGGUCUUGGCCAUCCUGCGAGGUCGCAAGCUGAUUGAGAAUCGGGCGUGGAGGAUACCACAAGGCUGGUACGCCAUCCAUGCCGGCGCACAGCACAUCAACGAGGACCGCGCUGCGCGGAUCCGCGCUGUUUGGCCGGAUGCGCCACCAGAGGAGUGCCAUGGAGAGUCGCUGCCACACGGCGCAAUUCUGGGCUUGUUCUACGUGCACAGCCAUACCACGCCUCAGGGCUGCUUGCCUGGCUACGUGUGGGCACGAGGGCCGAUUUGCCAUGUGAUUUCCAAGUCAGUCGAGCUGCUGCGGCCAGUGCACUGCCGCGGGGGCAAAGGCCUUUGGGAUCUCGAGGUGUGGCAGGUCCAGCAGAUCCAGCAGCAGUUCACAGAGAUCAACAUCCGUGUGCACGAUCUCACUGAGGUGCUGCCACGCGGAUCUUGCGUCAGUCAGGCCUCGGCUUAG